GCUAUUUUGGAGUUUUGUGUUUGGUGCUACUUAGGCUAGCCUGUUUACCAUGGUUUACUGCUAAGUGCUUCGUAGGAAAGGAUGUAGUUGUUCCUGCCUCUACAAUAAUAAUAGUACCGAACCUUAGAGGGCGGAAAACCCCAAAUAGGCAGUGUGGUCUCUUUCGGAUCGGCCCAAGCAAUGUGCUUGUACCUGGCUCUGGAGCAGGAAACAACAGCGAGUGACUCUGGUGAGAACUACCGGCGCUACUAGCAGUCGACUGAAAACUCAACCACGCUCCUACUCUGCUGGGCCGAGCUUACGGUGGAUAAAACGUGGCACUCUCAAUCUCCUUUUCAGCGGAUUCCAAAUUCGCUUGGCACAGGAAAGUAUCGCAGUGUCAUUAGAUUGAGACGGUAGAAGCUCCGUCUAACCUUACGAAUGGACCAGCAGAUGCGACGAAAGCAUGACGACCCAAGUUGCGAGGGCAAUCACAGAAAGCGGAGGAGGAAAGAAGGGGAGUCCCCACAUCAAACGUCUGAAGGAACAGUACAUGACGAGGCUUCAUUGCCCGACCAUGAGCCUGAAGCUGCUACUUGCUCUGCAUCUGACAUGGCUGCUGACAACCUACCUCUCUUCAAAGGCAGCAUGGCCGAAACAAGCACACAGGUGACCAUUGUUCAGCGGACGUAUGCAGAAGCAGCGGAGUCUAGCGUGGAGCUGGAUAAUCUUGAGCGGGCACUGAUAAGCACAGCGCAAAGUGCCUGCGCGUCCGCGUCCCGGCCAUACACUUUGGCUACUACUAGCAGCGACAUCACCCGCAGCCCAUCUGACAUCAACGUGCGGGAGAUUGUCACUGAGCAGUGCGCCAUCACGGGGAUAGAGAUUGAUCUCUGGAAGGAGGUAAUGAAGACGUUCACUGUACAGUUCUGCAGUUUUGUUGACCCCACUGUCCUUACACGUCGCCUUCAAGAGAUGAAUGGUGGUCUGUUCUCUCAGUUGGAGUACGAAUCGCUCAGCACACGGUCACUGGUUCGAGAGAGACCUGAACAGGCUGACAAACUACUCUCUCAUCUCAGACCACACGGUAACCUGGCCUGCAUUUGCUUGCUGCAGGCCUUGUAUGAUGAACGUGGUGCCUAUCGUACCCUCGCCAAAGACAUCAUUGAUCGAUUUAAAGAAGUAUUCCAUGAAAAGGAACGGACGCUUCUGGGGGAUCCCGAAUGUUGCGCUGGUCGAGCUCUAUCAUCUAUUUCCAGCAGUUUGAUCGCUCGUGACGAGAGACCAUAUGCAGAAAGCGAAGUUCAGCUCUGGCGAUUAGCCAGAGACACGUUGGAAACACAGCUUCCUCUAGAUUCAUUGCGCAACAUAGCUCUGCGAGCUGGAAUUCUCAACCGAUCCAAUCUUCAGGCUUCAUCUGCUGGCCUGCUGGAACAACUGAGGAUACGUGGGAAUGAAUCAUUUGACACCGUUCUCAGCGGGAUGUCAGAAAUACCUCAGCUACGUCCAUUGGCGUACCAGUUGAAUGCUUUGGCUAACAAUGCCAUUCCAGCACGUGCACAAGAGUUUCCACUGAAUCUUGAUCAGAGGCAAGAAGUAACUGUGGAUGUUGUUGUACCAAGAAAAACCUCGCCAGCGACGGUCCUGUACGAGUUUCACGAGCAGCUUCUUGAAGUGGAUCUCAAGCAAUUGUGCACAGCCUAUCAGUUCAGCUCAGGAUUAACACGUGCCCGGGUUGCAGAUAUCAUACGCAACAGCGGGAAAAGCCUGGAGAGCAAGCGUCGACUACUGCUGAAUGAGUUACUCUCUGACAAAAAGGUGAAUGUGGAAGAAGUGAUAAGACUCAUCUCUGAACAAGGAAAUCGCAACUUGGCUAAGAAGAUCACUGACGCAUUGCAGCAGUUCCGCCGCAGCAAUCUGAUCCCAUGGCAUGUCAUUCCACUGUUCUCUUGCCACAAGGAAGCUGGUCUGUCAUUGCUACAAUCCAGCAACGGUGACCUCUACUUGCAGGAACGACCGUCUAUCCAGUACCACACGGAUGCUUCGACAAUACUACAGGACUACACAUUGAAUCAUGGCGCAGCUAAUACGGUAUUGCCGCCAAAACCAGCCAAUCAGCCCAGCUUAUCGUCGGUCCUGCAGACGAAUGUCAUGGACCGUGACCUCUCUGCGCUUGAAAAGCCAGCUUAUUCAACUCAAAGCUGUGACAUUCGGCUGGAAACUGUGGCCUUGAUCGGCGCCCGUGACGCAACCGAAUCGUAUUGUUGUCAUCACUUCGCUUCUAGUUUAACUCCAGAUCAGUAUGCAGCGCUAUGGCCGACAAACAGCAAUGACGGUAGUACCAUACGCAUGAUCAUUAACCGGCAUGACAUGAACCUCUGCCAGUGUUACCUUAUCGUCGAGCUUCAUGACUCGGAUGACGAAACCAUUCACCAGCAGCUCCUUCACAAGGCAACCCAUGGCAGCCAAUCGCUGCACCUCCUGUAUCGGAAUAUAGAAGUGGGCGAGUUCAGCGAAGCCGAGUCAUCAUCCACAACUUUCUCGGUUGUAAUCGAAGGCGGCGAGUUCAAAAUUGCUACCGAGCCUAACCAGCAACCAACUGUGCAGCAGGCUACUGCUAAAUCACUCCGAUCUGUGUACCGAGAGUACCCAAUUUAUCCACUUUAUCGUUAUCCUGGUGUGCCACUCCUUCAUGUCUGGCCUUCUAUGCUCGAUGAGGGACCGACUGAAUUGGAUGAUAGACGACUGGCUGAACUUGUUUCCAGAGAAUUCUUUCUGGAGUCUACAUUGGAUCAAGGCGGUGGUGAGUCCAGUGACACAAGUCACAAGGACAGCGUCAGAGUGCGACUUCCAGUGGUGUCAGUCUCAUCACAGGACAUGUCAUUGUGCCAUCCGUCUCACUUGUGCCGGCCUGUGCAGAGUCCCACGCACCUCUGGCUACAUGACAUGACUGUACCAUCACCGAUCACUCUCCUUGCUUCACUCAACAAGCCAGCCGAGAAGAGCACUUCAGCUCAUGGCCUGGGAAAGUCCCGGCACGCUGAUUCCCUACUGGCCUGCACUGCCUUUCCGUGUGUAGCUGAGCAGAUCUGUGACCAGCUGAGUUCGGAAGUAGGGAACUGUUACCAUCGCAUUGACAGCGUUAACCCGCUAGAGAGCCUGCGCAAGUGGCCACAUCCGGUGACGGUUGUUACUUGUCUGUCCCAGACUGAAGAAGCAGCAUUUCACUGCCUCAACACCCUGGCUGGUGCUUCAUUCUCUAGUAGUGGCUCCUUCUCCCACGGAAACACCAGCAGCAAUACCACCAGCAGCAGCAACAAUACCACCAGCAGCAACACCACCAGCAGCAACACCAGCAGCAGCAGCAGCAAUACCACCACCAGCAGCAGCAGCAGCAGCAAUCCCACCAGCAGCAGCAGCAAUACCACCAGCAGCAGCGAAACCAGCAGCAGCAGCAACACCAGAAGCAGCGGCUGCAACACCACCAGCGGCAGCGGAAAUGCUGAUGGUAGCAAUGGGCAUCCUGUGAGCUGCUUGUUGGCCUGCACUCGGUUUACUCCCAGCCGUCUAUUUGUAUUGCUAGCGUUCACAGGCAUUACAAUGGACUCCAUUGCAAAACAUGGACUGGAGCCGGGCCAAAGGGAUCUAUUGCUUUCAGCUAUUGCACUCAGCCGCCUCUUCCUGUUAGACGUCGGUCAAAGUCAAGAUUCUUUGGUUGCGUUUGGAAAGGAAAUAUCUGGGCUGUCAGAUAAACUGCCCUUCAAAGGCAAUGAUCUAUGCAAUGGCCUCGACCGGUUGUAUGUGGACAAAAGCCUCUUCCAGAGUCAUCUGGCUAUUCUCUCCAGCAAUCGGGUUCAGCUUGAAUGCCUAUCUACGGCUGUCACAGUUAAUUCAAAGCCGACUGCAAUUGGAUCUGCAAUAAGAUCCAUGUUCUCAACAGUGUCUACAACUACCUAUGAUCUCAGCACUAUGUCAUGUCCAUCCUCUGUGCAAGAUUGCGACAGGAGGCUCUCGGACUCACGCGUUCAUGGUGACAUCUUGGCUGGUACAGCAUACUCCAUACUGAGAAAUCCUCGAAAUCCCAUCAAGUUGUUUGCGGAUGGAGGGUCGUUUCUGGCUUGUCAAAACCUCCUCCUAGCCCUGGCCACUACCAGCUUUCAUAGCUUUCAAGGCUUGCACGAGAUGGAUAUUUUCCAUAUAUCACAACUUCGUGUCAAGCUGGCCAAGUUCUGCGAGACUGGAGUAGAUGACGAUCCCAGUGUAAUGAUUGACACAGAGAACUUGUCAUAUACACACGAAAGGGUAAAGAAAGAACUUCUUCUCCCAGCAUUACACCUGUCUGCAGAUGAGGAUACUGCAACGAAGGUUGUCUCACAGAUCAAAGAUGGCUUGCAGCGAGUGUUUGGUGUAGACUCCACUAUUAACAAGCGUUUGAAUCUUGUAGCUGCUGUGCAAUGGUGCUUAAAAGACAUCGUGGCUCGAAGAUGUAAACACGCAAAGCAGCUAGUGACAAACUAUUUGGAGAUUGAAGACUGUUCAUUCAUUGACAAAUCGUUCUUUGAAGAUACCAUCGAUAUCUUCCGAUUGAGCUGGGUGCUGUGUGGGGAUUGAAGUCCGAA